GAGUAGCUAUUGGCUGAGGGCGUUCAAGCGCCAAGAUUUCAAUGAAAAGACCGAGCUGAGAGGAAAGCGAUUUAGUCUGAGUGUGUGAGAGGAGUGUGUGUUUGUGCUGCUGCUGUCUGUACAACGUUCCGUCCUUUUCUUUCGCUGUCUUUGUAACUCUUCUUCUUCUUCUUCUACUGACGCUAUUUAUUGACUUCCCUCAGAAAAAAAUGCUCUCCGCUCGCUCUUCUCUGUCUGUCAAAGACGAGAAUAUUCUCGUCAGCCAGACCAACAAAAUGGCGUUGGACAAAGAAAACACGCCUCCUGGUCUAAACAAAUCCCGUACGUUAGCGUCGAAAACCGCGCGGAAAAUCUUCAGUGAUGCAUCGCCUAAGAAAAGCAGCAGCAACGGUGGCGAAGAGGAGGUGGAGCCUCUGCUGAAGGACAACCCCAGUCGGUUUGUCAUUUUCCCCAUAAAGUACCACGACAUCUGGCAGAUGUACAAGAAGGCUGAGGCCUCCUUCUGGACGGCAGAGGAGGUGGACCUGUCCAAAGACCUGCAGCACUGGGAGUCUCUGAAGGAUGAGGAGAGGUACUUCAUCUCACACGUGUUGGCCUUCUUCGCCGCCAGUGACGGCAUCGUCAAUGAGAACUUGGUGGAGCGCUUCAUGCAGGAAGUGCAGGUGACGGAGGCACGUUGCUUCUACGGUUUUCAGAUCGCCAUGGAGAACAUCCACUCUGAGAUGUACAGCCUCCUGAUCAACACCUACAUCAGGGAGCCACAGGAGAGAGAAUACCUGUUUAAUGCCAUUGAGACUCUGCCCUGUGUGAAGAAAAAGGCCGACUGGGCUCUGAACUGGAUCAGCAGCAGAAACGCCAGCUAUGGAGAGCGGGUGGUGGCCUUUGCUGCAGUGGAGGGAAUUUUCUUCUCUGGUUCCUUCGCUGCCAUCUUCUGGUUGAAGAAGCGUGGCCUGAUGCCCGGCUUGACCUUCUCCAAUGAGCUGAUCAGCAGAGAUGAGGGCCUUCACUGUGACUUUGCCUGUUUGAUGUUCAAACACCUGCUGAAGAAACCGUCCAGAGAAACCGUGACCAAGAUCAUCAAGAACGCCGUGGAGAUCGAGCAGGAGUUCCUGACUCAGGCUCUGCCUGUGAAGUUGAUCGGGAUGAACUGUGAUCUGAUGAAACAGUACAUUGAGUUUGUAGCUGACAGACUGAUGCUGGAGCUGGGCUUCGCCAAGAUCUAUAGGGUGGAGAACCCCUUUGACUUCAUGGAGAACAUCUCUCUGGAGGGAAAGACCAACUUCUUUGAGAAGAGAGUGGGGGAGUACCAGAGGAUGGGGGUGAUGGCUGGGAGCUCCGACAAUGCCUUCAGAUUGGACGCAGACUUCUGAGGAUGCCCCCUGGUGGACUGGAAGUGUCUCUGUGGAACCGCUUUUAAAAUCCUAUGGUCAUGUCUGCCCUUCAUGAGGGGGUGCUAAAGGCCAGAAUUAAUUUAUGCUUUUAUGACUUGAGUUUUAUUUUGUUUUGACUGAUUGCUAUGACUUUAUCUGAUGGUGUAGAAAAUGUACAGUCUGAACAUUUUUGUAAUAAACUAACAUAACUCCAA